AUGACUGAAAGAAAGCAAGCACUGCAGUGGUAUGAAGUUCAAAAGCAGGCAAAAGGUGCACUGGACGUGUGGAAAAAACGCAACAACCAAAUAUCUUUCUCAUCCUUGUCUACUCUUGUCGAUAAAGAUGUUGACGAACAAGUAUUUCUCAAUGAAUAUUUAUCAAAGGAACUCUGUGAAAUUUUGGAAUAUUGGCAUGACCAUCGUUCAUUGGAUCAAAAUCGACAAGAUAAAUUCCAGAAAUAUAGCCAAUAUUUGCUCAAUUUCACCAAGAACAAUGGUGAAGCUACACAAUGGCUCAAUCAACAGACAAGACUAACUGAUUUGGCAAAAAAGUGUGCGGAUGAUAUUGCUUCCCAUGGUUAUUAUUUGGAUAUUGAAGGAAUAGAAGAUCCCAAUUUACAAUCAUUCGAUUGGCUUAUUCAGGCAUAUACUAAUACGGAAUGUGAUCAAUUGAUUGAUAUUAUUGUUCGAUGUGUGUCCAAUCGUUUCUAUACUAAAACAUUAUAUAAUCUCGGUGAUGUUAAUGCAUCCAUUCUGACCGUGACGCAACAGUUUCUUCUCAUAACUUGUCCGGAUUAUAUUCUCACGUGUGAUACCGACAAAUUUCAUUUUCAAAAUCUACUAAAGCAUAUGGCUCCUCAUUACGGUGAACUUUUUACUCAUUUUCUACCCAACAUAGAAAAAUGGACCGAUACUGUUGUGUUAUGUCUUCUUUAUCCGAUCCGAUUCAUUCUAUCCGAUUUAAAUGCCUUACCAUUAGAAGAAAAAUGCGAUAUUCAGGAAGCCCUGGUGACAAUGCUGCAAAAACAAUCACUUUCUGAUCCUAAUGUUGAAGAAGAACGCAUCACACUUGUUGAUACUGCAAUCAACAUUCUGCUUGACCUUGUUCAUUCCGAUCCCAAGAUUUUGUCUGAACUGAAAAAGCAGGCGAGCGAUGAUAGUAAAUUAUUAGAAGUCCUUAGACAGUUCUCAAAUGACAAUCGCAACGAAAAGAUGCAACUACACGCAUACGAAUUACUUUCCUUGCUCGUCCCAGAAGAAGAAUUUGUCACAACUAACGAUGCAGCAAAGGUUACAGAAUUAUUUGUGAAAAUUUUCAACGCAGCACUGGAAGAAGGAAAAGAUCGGACGGCUGAAAAUCUCAUGCUAGGCUUGAAGGUACACAGCGAUGAUAUUAAACAGGAAAUUGUGGAACAGGAUGCUCUACCAUCUAUUAUUCAGUACACCAAAAACGCAAUGAACGAUCCUGCACCGUUAGAAGUUGCCUAUGCACUCUCAUUCAAUGCAGAUGCAAAGAAAGCACUCAGUGAAGAUCGAGACUUUGUCGAUCAUGUAGAAAAACUGCGACAAUCCGACAACAAGAAAGUGGCUGAUGCAGCCUAUGGAGUCAUUUGGAAAUUGGAAGAUGAAGAAAAGUUCAUAAAAGAAGUCGAAGACAAGAAAUUGAAGGAACAAUCGACAGAAAAGCCUGAAGAAGCGGCUGAUAAUAAACAGAAACCUGAAAAGGCAGCAGGUGAUCAAAAGAAGCCUAAAGAAGCAGCAGAUGACGGCAAGAAAACAAAAGAAGCGACAGCUGAUGAAAAGAAGCCUAAAGAAGCAGCAGAUGACGGCAAGAAAACAAAAGAAGAGGCAGGUGACGAAAAGAAGCCUAAAGAAGCAACAGAUGACGGCAAGAAAACAAAAGAAGAGGCAGGUGACGAAGGGAAACCUCAACAGUACGACAUGAUGAUUUCUUAUUGUUGGGCACAAAAAGAGUUGUGCCACCAAAUAAACGAUCGUUUAGAAAAGGAUGGCUAUAGCGUUUGGUUAGAUAGAGAUGAAAUGCGUGGUUCAAUCGUCGAAAGCAUGGCGGAAGCUGUCGAAGAUUCUCGAAUCAUAUUAAUAUGCAUGUCGAGCAAUUACAAGAUGAGUACCAACUGUCAAGCAGAAGCUGAGUACGCAUUCAAUCGAAAGAGUAAAAUCAUCCCGCUAAAAGUCGAAAAAGAUUAUACUCCUGAUGGGUGGUUAGGUUUUAUGGCAGGCUCUAAAAUAUAUAUCGAUUUUGCAGAUAAGGAAGAUGAAGAAUUCGAGAAAGCCUAUGAACUCUUGAUUGCUGAAAUCAAACGUCAAGAUCUAGACGAAGCUGUCACGGAUGAAAAGGAAAAAUCAGCUGAUACAUCAUCGGCUGAGCCCAAACCUGAACCAGUUCCCGAAGAGAUUGAACCGCAACCCAUACAAACACGAGAAUAUUUGACCAUGAGUUCAGCGAUGAUGUGGACCAAAGAAAAUGUCAAUGAAUUUCUUGUUGACAACGAACUUCAACCACUAGUACCAAUCUGUAAAUCAAUGGAUGGAGUAACACUAAUUGAAUUCCAUCAACACUGUCAAACACUACCUACUGAAAUGUAUUCCCUGGUGAAUAAAUCAAAAGAAGAACAUCCAGUAACACUUGAUAUUUUCUUCAGAUUUAUUUGCAAGAUGAAACAGUAUCUGCCACCACCAAAACCACCGGCCAAAAUGUUUUUUCAAUACCAUUUUAUCUAUGAAAACCAAUAA